GAAGCCGCGCAGGGUUGAUUAGCGCAUGCGCGGGCCGCCAUCUUUCUUUCGUGGCUCGGAGCGCGGCAGGCAGCAUGGGGCACCAGCAGCUCUACUGGAGCCAUCCCAGGAAAUUCGGCCAGGGCUCCCGCUCGUGCCGCGUGUGCUCCAACCGCCACGGCCUGAUCCGUAAGUACGGGCUGAACAUGUGCCGGCAGUGCUUCCGCCAGUACGCCAAGGAUAUCGGCUUCAUCAAGCUGGACUGAGCGCUGGCAGGAUGAGGCUGUCACCAGCGGAUCCUGCGGCUUCCUCGGGCCUCCCCGUCCCACCUGCAGCGUCUUGGUGUAGCCUCUCUCAAUAAAUGGUCUCCCUGCCCCAUU